AUGGUGGACAACACCCACAACUCAUUCGGCGUGGCUCCGGAUAAAGGUUCUUUGGCCAAACCCAUCACGGACGAGGCCCUCCUGCCAGAUUCAUCACCCGAUACAGCACCUGCCAACUCUACACUGCCAGCAAGGCGUUCUGGGGUCAUUGAGAGUCGGGCGUAUUGGGCGGGUGACAUCAGUCACGGUGUCAUGCCGCAUGCCCCGAGCGGCUAUCAGAUGUUCCGCAACAUCCGUGACUUUGGCGCAGUCGGCGAUGGUGUAACUGAUGACACUGCUGCCAUCAAUCGCGCCGCCUCCUGGAUGAGUGCCUCCAACUCUGACGAACGAUGUGGUGUCGAAUGCGGUCAGACUACACGUUUAGCGGCUAUCGUGUACUUCCCUGCUGGCAACUACCUUAUAAGCAGCCCUAUCAUCCAAUACUAUUACACCCAGUUCAUCGGCGACGCCAACGACAGGCCCACGCUCAUCGGCUCUCCAGACUUCAAGGGCAUCGCUCUUGUAGAUUGCGACCCAUACAUCCCUGGUGGCAACGGUGCGAAUUGGUACAUCAACCAAAACCAGUUCUUCCGACAGAUCAGGCACAUCAAUUUCAACUUGGAACGCAUGGGCCUUGGCAACACUGAACAUGACCAAAACUACGUCCCGACAGGCAUUCACUGGCAAGUCUCACAAGCCGCGUCGCUGCAGCAUCUUGACUUCCGGAUGCCUCUUCCCGACUCGACCGGCGCGGUCACAGCGGUGGGCAUCUUCAUGGAGAACGGCUCUGGCGGCUUCCUGAGCGACAUCACCUUUUUCGGCGGCAUGAUUGGCUUCCGCGCCGGCAGCCAGCAGUACACGGCACGUAAUCUGCAUUUCCAGCUGACCAACACUGCAAUCUCAAUGAUCUGGAACUGGGGCUUCACCUGGCACAACAUUGUAGUGGAAAACGCCUGGGUUGCCAUCGCAUGCCGCGAGCAGGGCGGCGAGCACAGUCAGGGCACCGGGUCUCUAACUGUCAUCGACUCGCUAUUUCGAAACGUGCCCUACCCAAUCGUCAUCCGCAAUGACGGUCCACGCCCGGCCAUCUUGCUCGAGAACCUGCGGAUCGAGAACUGUGCCUCGGUAGUACUCGUGGAUGGCGCCGAGACUCUCCUGCCUGGCACUUCCGGCUCAACCACUAUCCCCGCCUGGGGCAUGGGCCGGCGCUACGAGAAAAUCGACGGAGCCGGCGAGUACGCCACGGGAUUCCUGGAUUCCGGACUUCGACGGCCGGCGCCCCUUGUAGAUGCGACGGGGGCGUUUUUCGCCCGGUCCAAGCCCACCUACGCGACUGGCGGCUUCAUUGUUGCCACGGAUCACGGCAUCAGCAACCAUGGAACCGGCGACCAGUCAGAUGCCAUCAACGCUCUCCUGUCUGGAAAUGUUGGGAAACCCAUCUUUUUCCCCUCGGGCAUCUACAUGGUUGCCAAGACCGUCUUCAUACCUGUGGGGUCUAUCAUCGUGGGCGAGCUGUGGCCUCAGAUCAUGGGCUAUGGCGAAUACUUUGCCAAUGAAGACGACCCCCAGGUCAUGGUCCGCGUCGGUAACAAAGGCGAUCGCGGCGUGGUGGAGAUCUCAGACAUGCUGUGGUCUGUCAAGGGCAAUACGGCGGGGGCUAUCAUGAUGGAGUGGAAUGUCCAUGAGACUACCCAGGGCAGCGCGGCCAUGUGGGACUCGCACUUCCGGGUCGGUGGUGCCUAUGGCACAGAUCUGACUUUGAACGAAUGCCCCAAGGGCACGAGUGUCAACAGAAAGUGUAUGGCUGCGUUCCUCCUUUUCCGCGUCACCAAGGAAGCGUCUGGCUACUUUGAGAAUGUCUGGUUCUGGACCGCCGAUCAUGAUAUGGACGUUGCGGUUCCCGGAGGUGUUCCGAGCACAGACAAGGCACAAAUCAAUGUCUUCACGGCUAGAGGAGUACUCGUCGAGUCGCAAGGGCCAUGCUGGUUCUACGGCACCGGUAGCGAGCAUCACCAGCUUUACCAGUACCAAUUAUCUGGCGCCAAGAAUGUCUUCAUGACACACAUCCAGACCGAGUCGCCGUACUAUCAGCCCGCGCCAGACGCAAUGGGUCCUUACAAGACUGGGGUCCUGCCAGACGAUCCUCUGUUUGAGGAGUGUGAAAGUGGUUCAACCUGUGCCGAUUCGUGGGCCGUCCGGGUGCUCGACUCCAGAGACAUCCUCAUUUACACGGCCGGAUUGUACUCGUGGUUCAAUCAGUACGAUCAAGCAUGCCUGGUACCCGAGAAUUGCCAGGAGCGGGUGCUCGAGACCAGCUUCACAGAAGGCUUCUGGAUGUACAACACGUUCUCCAAGGCCACCGUCGAGAUUUUCACACCUCGGGGAGGCAUACUGCCGAUUCUGCAGUCUGAAGGAAAUCAGUUUGGCUACACCACUCAAGUCAAUGCCUGGCACGCACUUGCCUUUGAAGGUGGCGAUCUCGGCGGCACGGCCGGACGUGCUGUGUACAUUGACCCGGUCGUCUUCCAAGAACCUCAAGUUGCAUGCGAGAUACCGUGCACUCUGGUGAUGCCCGUCAGCUCCUUGUCCGAACCGACGACCAUUUCGAUCGACCCCUACACAACCUCACUCAUCGUCGGCACUGCCAGCACGAUUACCACCAUCACGAUAACGCCUUCGCCGAUCACCGCCACCGUCAUCGAGUAUUCCAAUGUGCCGGUCCAUGAUCGGCUCAAUGGGAUUGCUGGAGCCAUCUUCUCCGUCGAUACCAGCCUUGUGCUCAGUCCA